UUUUUUUUUUUUUGUAGUUUUGGAGUUCGAUCUUUAAAAGUGGCCAAGAUAAAUAUAAGCCCGGCCGAGGAAGAAUCGGCGCAAGAGAUUCUUGUCCCGGCCGAUAUAGAUUGGGAAAUGCUUGAUAAAUCAAAGUUUUUCUUGUUAGGUGCUGCUCUGUUUUCAGGUGUUUCAGCUAUUCUUUACCCUGUAGUUUUGGUUAAAACAAGGCAACAAGUUGCUCAAGCCCAACUUUCCGGUGUCCGAACCGCCUUUUCGAUUGUUAAACACGAAGGUUUCAGGGCUUUAUACCGAGGAUUCGGUACCUCUCUAAUGGGAACAAUCCCGGCUCGAGCUUUUUACAUGGCAGCUCUUGAGGUUACCAAAAGUAAUGUAGGGAGUGCCACGGUUAAGUUUGGUGUUCCUGAACCAACGGCUGGAGCAAUAGCUAAUGCUGUUGCUGGAUUGAGUGCUGCAAUGGCUGCACAGCUUGCUUGGACCCCAAUCGAUGUGGUUAGCCAGAGGUUAAUGGUUCAAGGAAGCCACCCAAGUUGUAGUUCACCUUGUAAAUACGUAAAUGGGAUCGAUGCGUUUAGGAAAAUAAUUAACACGGAUGGUCCAAGGGGAUUGUAUAGAGGUUUUGGAAUAUCGAUUUUAACCUAUGCUCCAUCUAAUGCAGUGUGGUGGGCAUCUUAUUCAGUUGCUCAGAGGCUUGUAUGGGGAGGUAUUGGAUGUUACCAUUGGAAAAAAGAUGAUGAGAGUAAUGAUGAUGUGAGUAGUAAUAGCAAUACAAUUAGGCCUGAUUCAAAGACGGUAAUGGCAGUUCAGGGAAUCAGCGCAGCCAUGGCUGGGGGGGUAUCAGCUUUGAUUACAAUGCCACUUGAUACAAUUAAGACGAGACUGCAGGUUUUGGAUGGGGAAGAUAAUGGGAGGCGUGGACCAACAAUUGGGCAAACUGUUAGGAAUUUGGUUAAAGAAGGUGGGUGGUUGGCUUGUUAUAGAGGUUUGGGGCCACGCUGCGCGUCUAUGUCUAUGUCUGCAACAACAAUGAUCACUACUUAUGAGUUCCUGAAACGGGUCUCAGCCAAGAAUCAAGAGAGCUUGAUGUAAUAAAGAAAAAUAGGGGAAAACUGAGAAAGAAACAGUGGGGAAAACAGACGUUUCUCUUCUGGGUUCUUUGAUCUUCUUCUAAAUCAUGCUUUUGAUGUCUUUUAUUUAUUUAUUUAUUUUUUUGGCUUUCUGGUUGGUGAAUGUAAUUUGGCUGCAGGUCUAUUUCAAUAUGAAUAUAAAUCUCUUUCUUUGUUAUCACCAUACUUAAAUCUUGGAUUAACAUCUAAUUUAUUAAAGGAUUUUAAAAUUUGUGGGUUUGUCAUCAAUUUAUAAUACAUCCCAAGAUUCCUUUGAUAGAAAGUCGGAGUGGGUAUCUUGUUAGGGAUAGGAAUGGGGCAAUUGAUGACCCUGAGGAAUCUAGGGUUUUUGAUGGAUUUGAUUGAAAUCUUCCAAAAGAAUGAUUUUAUGUUUUUCAGUCUGAUUGAAUCUGAACCGUUCUUGAGAUCUUGAAUCAAGCAUUACAACAAUGUGUUAAUACUUUGACCAAAACUUGAUGAGCCCU